AUUAGCUAGUUUACAGUACAAGCAAACGGUGCAAAUCCCGGCCUACAAAUCUUGUGACCCCCCCCCCAGCUUGAGGUCCUGACGACAACCUUCAGCUCUAAUAACUCAUAACUCAGACUGAACUUUUACUUCUUCCAACUACUGUUAAACAAACCAUCAAGCUAUUCUGCUAGGGAGUUGAUACUUCAGUACUUCAGGAGAUUCAAGGUCGAAUACCGCGGCACGCAGCCUACAGUAUUUAUUCUUGGUGUUGAUCAUUUCCGUAUCAGUCUACAGCUAUUGAGGUUCCUCCUCUACCCCGCUACCGUCGCAGAGUGACACACCCCAGCGGUGAAUCCUUCACCAACACCACCAACACCACCACCAAUUAAUAAUCUCAACUCUUCAUCUACUCUAUAGACGAUUCCCUUAAGAAGGAAAGUUUAUUUUAAGCUUAAGGCUUAAGGAGCUUAAGGAGAUGUCUUAUAGAACUAGUCGGUCCGAAGUGGACGAUAGAUAUUAUGAAUCCGGUCCGCCGCGGAGGGCACCAGCUCGGGAUGAUGACCUCGAGUCCUUGGCACGACGUCGCAGCCCACCACGCAGAGCACCCGUGAGGGAGUAUGAAGAUGUAAACAUCCAAGUCCAAGACCGGGAACGAGAGCGAAAUGACCGCACUCCUGCAUUUCUUAGAGAAGAUGUUAGAAGGCCAGAAGCCGGAGCGCUAGUCCUGCGUCAGCGUGAAGUUGAGACAGUUGACCGGCGACGUCCUCGCAGCCCCAGUCCUGUUCACUACCGCGAACGCAUUGUCGAGAGGGACCGUGAGCGGGCUCCUUCGAUGCCUCCGGAGCGUCGGCCUAGAUUUAUCGAACGAUCACCAUCUCCACCUCCCACCGCCGUGCGAGUAGAAUCUCGCACAAUUGAAAGGCGACGUGAAAGGUCACCAACUCCAGAACGGGAACGGGAUCGGGAUUUCAUCCACCUACGAAUUGAACGUGAAAAAGAACGUGCUCCUGAACCUAGUCCUUCACCCCCGCCUCCACCUCCCCCUCCAGCAGUCAUCCGAGGUCCUACAAUCGAGCGCGAGGUCAUCACGCACUAUCGUGACAUAGACCACGGUCUCAUACGGGCUAAACCUCCAACUCCACCCCCACCCCCGCGUACUGCACCGCCUCAAAUUAGAGAGCGGGACAUAGAUAUCGAUAUUGAUAUCCGCCGUAAUGAGACAGAUAUUGAUGUCCGCGAACGAACUCGGUCGCGGUCUCGCCCGCGCAUCGAGCGCCCUCGUCCGCGCAGGCAGCCAACUUAUUACGAUGAGGACGACUUAGUAAUUGAGAGGGACCACGACAUCCUUCGUGUAGACUCUCGACGAAGAGCUCACUCUGCUGCGCCACCCCCAAGACCAGACUAUGAAGAUGAAGCUGAAUAUAUCACCGAUAAGAUCGAUUCAAGGGGUCGCAUGGGAGAGGCAUGGAACGGCGCUACCAAAGACUGGACAAUCGUCGACGUGCCGCCCGGCACGGAGCGCGUGAAAAUGGAUGGUGCAGGAGGCGCCGGCGCCGAAGUGACCUGGCAGCGCUACAGCGGCGUGAGACGGUCCAAGUUCAUCCCCGAUCGGGAGGGAACACCCAUCAGCGCUGUAAGCGAACCGAUUCGAGAAACAAUUCGAGAAUCUUUUCGAGAACAGGAUUCAUCACGUGGAGACCGGCUCAGCAUACAAGUAUACGACAAACGAGAGAGAUCGCGCGACCGAGACGUCGAGGUCGAGGAGAUCCAAGACCGACGGAUUUCCAUCCGCGAUGGCGAUAGAGCGCCGCCCCGGAAGCGGAGCGAGAUGUGGACCGAGAUUACUAAGGAUCUCGUGCUUCGUGAAGCCAUCGAACGGAUGGGGUACGAAUAUGAGGAGACAGAGUGGUUCUUCUACGUUAUGCAGUACCUCCGCUAUGUAAGUCUCAUUCUCGUUUCUGUGGCACCGCGUCAAACGUCGCACGCCUUUUUGGUUUAAAGAUCAGCAUGCUAACACAAUGUUUCCAUAGGAGGACGUCCUUGAACUUGUCAACUUGUCAGACGACAUCCGCCGCGCCAAGCGACGCAGAGCCGAAGAGGCUCAGUGGAGCCGCGAUUGGGACCGGCGACACCGCCACCGACACUCCUUGAACUGGGACACUGUCGAUGACGAGCGCAUCGUAGAGCGCGAGGUUGUGUACGAUCGCCCGUCGCACCGCGGGUAU